AUGUGUCACACUGACCCAGAGAUCCACGUCUUAUUUUCUGACUCACAAGAGGGCCCAGGAACAUCAGGAGGUGUGCUGGAAACUGUGUGCUAUAGCAAAUAUACUCAGCUGUAUGCACCCAUUGCAAUAGAGGAUAAGGAUGACUCAGACAGUGUUGAGUGCAGUCAUGACAUUCCAGAGGAUACAAAGGUGGACCAGCAAUCACUUUCUGAGAUAACUGCAAACCUGGCCCUAGAGAUUGACCAUCGAGCUGUCAGCAGAUUUAACAUCUGUCGCUCGAACAUCUGGGAUGGAGCAGUCAGAGGAUUCAAAAGGGCAACAUUAUCAGAAAAGAAAGACAUCCUGGUGAAAUUAUCUGACGAUGAAGGGAGGUUUGAGGAAGGUCUCGAUACAGGUGGCCCCAAGAGAGAAUUCCUCUCCCUUCUCAUGAAAGAGCUGAACAAACGGCCCAUAUUUGAUGGACCUGUGGAGAGCCGCGACCUGGUCUACAAUUCAACAGCUAUCAGAGAGGAUGAGUAUUAUUUAGCAGGGAAGAUGAUUGCUGUGUCCAUUGUGCAUGGUGGACCUGGUCCUAAUUUUCUGUCAGAGGAUCUGGUCAGCUACAUCUCAGGGCAGAGCAGUUUCAAGGCAUCUGUCGGAGACAUUACAGAUGAGGAGAUAGGGAAAGUCCUACAAGAGAUUCAGAAUUCACCCUCAGUGGAGAUCCUUCAGGACUUGAUGAUAUGGAACAGUGCCAUGUUGCAGACUGCUGGGUACUUCAGACAUGUCAGGUCAUGUGAAGAAAAACAAAUUAUUGUAGAGGAUUACCUGAAGUGGUACAUAAUCCACAGGAACAACACUGCAAUCGAAAGAUUCAAGGCUGGACUUGAAAGUUUGCAGUUUCUGACAGCUCUGCAGCAGCAUCCGACGGUCCUGACCCCUGCUCUCUGUCAUGACGAUGUGAAGCUGUCUGCUGCAGAGAUGGAAAAUAUGUUCCAGCCUGAAUUUAGUCAACAGGGAAGCAACAGAAGGGCUCAGGAAGAGAAAGCUAUGAGUUACUGGGCAGACUAUCUUCUCGAUUGUGAAGGUUAG